AUGGAGGUGUCCUCUGAGCUUCCCCGCAAGGGGUGUACCUCCAGGCAGGGCCUCCUGUUCGCAGCCUCCCUUUUAGCCUGCUGGCUCCUGUCCACCACUGCCCAGGUCACCAUUGAAUCGGUGCCAUUCAAUGUGGUUGAAGGAGAAAAUGUCCUUCUUCUCAUCGACAAUCUGCCAGAGAACCUUAUAGCCUUAGCCUGGUACAGAGGACUGAGGAAAAUUGUUGUAUACACACUGAACACUAAAGUAAGUGUAAUGGGGCAAAUGCACAGUGGUAGAGAGAUAGUGUCCAGCAACGGGUCCCUGUGGAUCCACAAUGUCACCCGGAAGGACACAGGAUUCUACACCCUACGGACCAUAAAUAGACGUGGAGAAAUUGUAUCAACAUCAUCCAUGUACCUCUAUGUGUACAGCUCUCUUUUCAUCUGUGGGCAUCCUUCCUUCCCUGCCAAGCUCACUAUUGAAUCAGUGCCACCCAGUGUUGCUGAAGGGGGAAGUGUUCUUCUCCUUGUUCACAACCUCCAGGAUAAGCUUCGAGGGCUUUCCUGGUACAAAGGGGCAUCUGUGUCUAGGAACCUUGAGGUAGCCCGACAGAUAAUAGCCAAGAAUUCAAGUGUGCCAGGCCCUGCCCACAGCGGUAGAGAAACAAUGUACAGCAAUGGAUCCCUCCUGCUCCAGAAUGUGACCUGCAAUGAUACUGGAUUCUACACCCUACGAACUCUGAGUAGACAUCGGAAAAUGGAAUUAGCACACGUGCAACUUCAGGUGGACACCUCCCUUUCCCCGUGCUGUGACACUGUUGACUCUGCCCAGCUCAGCAUUGAUCCAAUGCCUCGGCAUGCUGCGGAAGGGGAAUGCAUCCUUCUCCGUGUUCUUAAUCUGCCUGAAGAUUUCCAAUUUUUUUGCUGGUACAAAGGAGCAUCGACCUUCCAGAUCUUUAAAAUUGCAGAAUAUAGCAGAGCCAGGAACUCCAUCAUCAAGGGGCCUGCAGAAAGCAGAACGGAGAGAGUGUUCACCAAUGGAUCUCUCCUGCUCCAGGAUGUCACUGAGAAAGACACGGGCUUAUAUACACUACAAACUAUAGACAGAAAUUUCAAAAUUGAAAAAGCACAUGUGCAAAUCCAUGUGAACAAGCAUGUGACACAGCCCUUCAUGAGAGUCACAGACAGCACAGUUCAUGUACAGAGCUCAGUGGUCUUCACUUGCUUCUCAGACAACACUGGGAUCUCCAUCCGUUGGCUCUUCAACAAUCAGAGUGUACAGCUCACAGAGAGGAUGACCCUGUCUCCGUCAAAGUGCCAACUCAGGAUACAUGCUGUGAGGAAGGAGGAUGCUGGAGAGUAUCAAUGUGAGGUCUCCAACCCAGUCAGCUCACAGACCAGUCUCCCAGUCAGCCUGGCUAGCAAGGACAUGACAGUGAGAAGACAGAUGGAGGUGUCCUCUGAGCUUCCCCGCAAGGGGUGUACCUCCUGGCAGGGCCUCCUGUUCGCAGCCUCCUUUUUAACCUGCUUGCUCCUGCCCAUCACUGCCCAGGUCACCAUUGAAUCAGUGCCACCCCAGGUGGUUGAAGGAGAAAACGUCCUUUUUAUUGUCCGCAAUUUGCCAGAGAAUCUUGUAGCCUUAGCCUGGUUCAGAAGGCUGAAAAAAAUGAACCAUGCAAUUGGCCUAUAUGCAUUGAACACUAAAAUAAGUGUGAUGGGGCCCAUGCACAGCGGUAGAGAGAUAGUGUCCAGCAAUGGGUCCCUGUGGAUCCAAAAUGUUACCCAGAAGGACACAGGACUCUACACUCUACAAACCUUAAAUAGACGUGGAGAAAUUGUGUCAAGAACACCCAUGUAUCUCUAUGUGUACAGCUCACUUUUGACUUGCAGACACCCUCCUACCUCUUCCCAGCUCAAUAUUGAAUCAGUGCCAUCCAGUGUUGCUGAAGGGGCAAGCGUUAUUCUACUGGUUCACAACCUCCCAGAGAAUCUUCGAAGGCUUUUCUGGUACAAAGGGGUGCUUGUGUCCAACAACCUUGAGGUAGCCCGACACAUAAUAGCCAAGAAUUCAAGUGUGCCAGGCCCUGCCCACAGCGGUAGAGAGACAGUGUACAGCAAUGGAUCCCUCCUGCUCCAGAAUGUCACCCGGAAUGACACCGGAUUCUACACCCUACGAACACUGAGUAGACAUCGGAAAAUGGAAUUAGCACACGUGCAACUUCAGGUGGAUACCUCCCUUUCCUCUUGCUGUGACCCUCUCACCUCUGCUCAACUCACGAUCCAUCCAGUGCCACCGCAUGCUGCUGAAGGGGGAAGAGUUCUUCUCCAAGUUUACAAUUUGCCAGAAUAUCUGAAAAUUUUUUCCUGGUACAAAAGAGUGUCUAGCAUCCAGGUCUUAAAAAUUGCAGACUACAUCAGAGCCACAAAUUCCAUCAUCAGGGGUUCUGCAGAAAGCAGAAGAGAGACAGUGUACACCAAUGGAUCCCUGUUGCUCCAGCAUGUCACUGAGAAAGACACGGGCUUGUACACACUACAAACGAUAGACAAAAAUUUCAAAAUUGAAACAGCACCUGUGCAAGUCCAUGUGAGCAAGCCUGUGACACAGCCCUUCAUGAGAGUUACAGACACCAUAGUUAGAGUACAGAGCUCAGUGGUCUUCACUUGCUUCUCAGACAACACUGGGAUCUCCAUGCGUUGGCUCUUCAACAAUCAGAGUCUGCAGCUCACAGAGAGGAUGACCCUGUCNCCGUCAAAGUGCCAACUCACCAUACAUACUGUGAGGAAGGAGGAUGCUGGAGAGUAUCAAUGUGAGGUCUCCAACCCAGUCAGUUCAAAGUCCAGUCUCCCAGUCAGCCUGGCUGUGAUGAAUGAGUGA